AUGCUCAAAUUAGAGACUGCCAUUUAUGUUGUUUUUUGGCAUGACAUUCUUGGCCGAGUUGAUGCUGCAAGUAACACACUGCAAGACCCAAAACAUGAUCUGAACACAGCAGUAGCAGUGUUGAAGUCCUUGGAAUGUUUUGUACGUGAAAAGCGCGAGUGCUUUCAUGUUUAUGAGAAGAAGGGACAGGACAUAUCUGGAACCGAUGAAUAUUCUCCACCACGCAUACGUCACCGCAAUGUGCGCCUGAAUCGGUUGGAUUAUGGACGAUCUGAGGAAGUAACUCUUUCUCACUCUGAAAAGUUUCGUGCUGAUAAUUUUCUUCCAGUAAUUGAUCAGUUUUUGAGAUCCCUUAAUCAACGUUUGAAGGCCUACGAGAACACCUGUUCCCUUUUCGGCUUCUUAUCUGGACUGGAAUCACUGAGCUGUACUGAAAUAGAAGCAGCUGCAGUAAAAUUAGUUUGUGAAUAUAAUGAUGAUCUGUAUCAAUCCCUCAAAAACAGACUUCGUACCACAAUGCAUCAUGAUCGACUCAGUCAUCUGGCUUUGAUGAGCAUUGAGUAUGACAUCCUCAGAGACAUUGACUUUGACAUAUUGAUCACCAAAUUUGCAAGGGCCAAGUCUCGUAAAGUGUCUGGUCUGUAA